GCAGAGCCCCAGCGCCCGCCCCGCUCCCUGCUCCGCGCCCCGGGAUUACAAAUGGUCGUUCAGCUCCGCCCCGCGCCCCAGCAGCCCGGCAGGAUGUCCGAAGGGAGCCAGCCCAAAGUGGAAGCCAAUAUCCUGGUGCUGGGCGCAGAGAAAGUGGGGAAAUCCGCUCUGACAGUCCGAUUCCUCACCCGGAGGUUUAUUGGUGAAUACGGGGAUAUUGAAUCCGUUUACACGCACAACGUGAUGGUCGGAGGCAGAGACGUUUGCUUCAGCAUCUGGGACUCUACCUGCCCCCAGGCCGCCGAGCUCCAGGGCUGGGUGAGCGAGAAGCAGCUGCGUUGGGCGGACGGCUUCGUCGUGGUCUACAGCAUCUGUGACCGCUCCAGUUUCCACCUGGCCCGCCAGCAGCUCCAGCGCAUCCGACAACUGAAGAGACGGGGCGGUUCCGAGAAAGCGCCCGUCAUCCUAGUGGGCAACAAGCGGGACCUGCAGCACCGGCGGGCCGUCUCCAGCGAGGAAGGGCGGCUCCUGGCCCUCUCCACGAACUCGGGCUUCUUCGAGAUCUCGGCCGCCGAGACGUACCACGGCGCCCUGGUGGUCUUCCACGAGCUCCUCGACCUGGUGCGGGACUCCAGGAGCUCCGGCAAGAAGGCCGUGGGCAUCCGUGGCAUCGUCCGCACCAUGUCGGCCGUCUUUGGGAGGAGGAGGACAGAGUAAGCGAGGAGGGGCCCCGUGAAGAGAGCUCGGAUCCUGGGGACAACAGAACGUAGCCGGAACCACGUGCCAGUGGCUUGGGUGUCACCAGUUCCUCGGC